CCUUCAUAUCUUUGACGUCAUAGAAGGUCACGUGCGGCAGGUCGCCCCUCGACUUGCACACAUAAUCGCCACCCGACGUGUCCCCUGCCGCCAGGUUGCACACAUGGGUGACCGCAGCCGACUUGAGAAACUGACAGAUGGACAGACAGGCAACGACAGGAAUGUGUCACCACAGACGCCGAUAUCGCCCUCAGCACACAGUACCUCUGUGUCAUGCGCGGCAUCCUUGCUCCCUAUGAGGAGUCCCCUUAUAAAUUAGUGUGGCCGUCCCCAUCCAUGCGUACCUUGUCCAGCUCUAAUCUGGCGACUUUCGUCUCAAGCUCUUCUGUGCUGCGUCUGUAGAAAUCGAGGCCAUGCCCAAAUCAUAGAUCCGUACGACGUUCCUCCCGAAGAGCAGACACACACAGAGAAGGAUGAUUGUGUAUGUGUGCAUGUGUAUCUGCUUACUCAGGUCAGUCUCCUCCCUCCCGCUGCCGCCGCCGCACUGCUGGCAAGUACUUCUCGCCUGUCUCUCGCCUUGGUGUGAUAUGGCAGUCGGUGUGCCGAGUGUCUCGAAGAUGCGGAACGACGGGCGUGCACUCCGACCUGCAGCCAACAUACACAUACAUCAGUACCUCGGUUAUUGACAUCGACCAUGUGAGGGCACCUGCUCAAGUGGCUUCCAUCCCUCGAUUGGAGGCGCUGCGUAUUGCAUUGAUCGAAGAGCCAGCGAAUAUAAAAUGUAAGCAGCGAUUGACAAUGACAUUCUUGUUUCCUCGACUCUGAUGGAUGCAAUACAAGCAACAAGCAACAAGCAACAAGCGACACAUAGAUAGAGAUGAGUAUGUUCGCUCUCUCCCUCUCCCUUCUCUCCCUCUCCCUUCCCAUCCCAUCCAUACUUACGCGCUUCGCUUCUGCGCCACGUGCCGCAGGUCGACAGCAAUCGCCACCAGCCCGUUGUUCGGCCGGCUCGCAACAAGUAGCUGGCUCUCGGGCGCGUCACCGCCACUCUCGCCCGCUUCACCGCCAACCGAAUCCGCCCUCAUGCCGCUGUCGCCCUGCUGCAGCUUGCCCUCGUCAUCCUGACUCGGCGCCGCCCCCUGGUCAACAACAUCAGCUGAAACAAGGAAGACAUCAGCACAAUGAAUGUACCCCUCCUGGCUGUCUCUCUAUCCAUCUACUCAUCCUACCUGCCUCAUCUGGUUGAUAUGAGUCCAUAGCCGCCACCAGACUCAGCUUGGCCUUGCUUCGGCCUCUCGGCGCCCCCGGCCGAGGAAACGCGCGGCGGAGCAU